AUGAAGAUUGAAAAGGAGGGCAUUAUAUUGGAAUACGAGCAACGUAUUGAUCAUAAUGAAUUUCCAUUUUAUCCUACAAAGGCAUUCAAUAUUAUCAUUGAUGUUUCAGUGAAUGGUUAUUUAUUAAAUUACGAAGAAUAUAUUCCUUUCUUGAAUGAAAUCGGGUCAAGAUUUAGUAAAUUUAUGGAAAACAGAAACUAUAAAACUGCUUUAAAGUACAAUUUUAACGAUCACACAAUAAUUCUUCAAUGUUUAUGCCUUAUCAAAAACGAAAGUACCAUGAAAUUGGCAUUCGUCAUUAAUGAAUUUGAAGGUACAAUAUUAAAAUUGGAUAUUAGAACUGAUAAAGGGUUUAGUUUUAGAAAAAUUCAGCGUCCAAUGAAUACUUUAUUAUCAAUGUGGCUUAUUCAUGAUGACUACCAAUUCCCUUUCAUCUACCUGAUCAAAGCAAGACAACAACUCCAGCAGUAUAUCAAUGCAUCCAAUAAUUUUUUACGUGAAAGUUACAAGCUUCCAAUUUUGUUUGGGGAAUUAUUUGUGAAAGCUUCUCAACCUCAAAAUAUUGGUUCUCAAAAUUGUGAUGCUCAAAGAACGGAUGAACAUACCACAGAGGAGGACUAUUUCAUUGCAGAAAACUUUAAUGACGCUGAUAUAUUUGAUGCUUCAGAAAUGUUUACUGAACAAGAAGAGGUUGAAAUUGAUGAUGAUGAUGAUGCUGAUGAUGCUGAUGAUGAUGAUGAUGCUGAUGAUGCUGAUGAUGAUGAUAAAGAGAAGUUGAAUGGUCAACAAGUCCCAAGCGGUAUCGGUUCAAUUUAUUUAGGUAAGGAUAAUAAUGUGAAUUUGCAAGACGUCGAAGAAAAUUAUGAAAUCAUUAUUGACAAAUUGAAAUCAAUCGCACUGGUAGCCGAUAACUCGCCAUUUUCUGCUGAAUAUUUUCUUUUCGGACGGUCAGUAUUAAAAGAUUUUGUUGAAAGUCAUCAAAAUUCAGGGGCUAUCAUUAAUCUUAUGAGUAGCAAAAAAACUUAUUAUAUGGCUAGGAAAGCUGCGAAAAUGAAUUUGUUGACAGUUUUAGAGUAA